GGCAGGGGUCACUCCAUGUGGGUGAGGUUUUUUUUGGGGGGGGGUCUCACCACCCCCCUGACCCAUCUCCCCCCUCCCCCACCGCAGUACGUGGCCUUCGCCUCGCUCUUCUUCAUCCUCAUCUCCAUCACCACCUUCUGCCUGGAGACACACGAGGCCUUCAACCGCGUCAUCAACAAGACGGAGACGGUGACCACGGGCAACGAGACGGGCACGCAGGUGGCCGUGGAGGUGGAGACCGAGCCCUUCCUCACCUACGUGGAGGGGCUGUGCGUGGUGUGGUUCACCUUCGAGUUCCUCAUGCGCGUCAGCUUCUGCCCGGACAAGCGCGACUUCAUCAAGAGCAGCCUCAACAUCAUCGACUUCGUGGCCAUCCUGCCCUUCUACCUGGAGGUUGGGCUGCGGGGAUUGUCCUCCAAGGCGGCCAAGGACGUGCUGGGCUUCCUGCGCGUGGUGCGCUUCGUCCGCAUCCUGCGCAUCUUCAAGCUGACGCGGCACUUCGUGGGGCUGCGCGUGCUGGGCCACACGCUGCGCGCCAGCACCAACGAGUUCCUGCUGCUCGUCAUCUUCCUCGCCCUGGGCGUGCUCAUCUUCGCCACCAUGAUCUACUACGCCGAGCGCAUCGGCGCCGACCCCGACGACGUCACCGGCAGCCGCCACACCUACUUCAAGAACAUCCCCAUCGGCUUCUGGUGGGCGGUGGUGACCAUGACGACGCUGGGUUACGGUGACAUGUACCCCAUGACGUGGUCGGGGAUGUUGGUGGGCGCGCUGUGCGCCCUGGCCGGCGUGCUGACCAUCGCCAUGCCCGUGCCCGUCAUCGUCAACAACUUCGGCAUGUACUACUCGCUGGCCAUGGCCAAGCAGAAGCUGCCCAAGAAGAAGAACAAACACAUCCCCAGGCCCCCCCAGCCCGGCUCGCCCGGUUACGGCUCGCCGGGCUCCGGCCCCAACGCCCCCGGC